UCUUUGUUUCAUUUUUGUAAAAAAUAGUUUUUUGUUUUGCAUUUUGAGUUAAAUUUCUCUCUAUCUGAAUGCUUAGAAAUUCUCUGUUCUUGCUGAGUUUCUCGGCUUGGGCGGUGAAUUUCUUCAAUAGAUUUUCAUAGGCGUUCUUUCAUGUAGGUAUAUUGUUGGUUGUAUAGAAAAAUGGGAGAGAAUCUGGUGGUGAAAGAUGAGCGGGUCCGGGUCGGGAACCUAGAUGGAGCAUCAUCAGGAGAAGCGGUUGAAAACGGGAAGAAACCGGAAGUGGAAGGAGCCUCUUCUUCAAAGAAUGUAAAGGAGAAGGAAAUGGCUGUGGAAGAAGAAGAAGGUAAUGAGGAGGUGCCAUUAAUUGGGGGUGGAGAGUGCCGCAUUUGCCAAGACGAAGAUACUUUGAACAAUUUGGAGAGCCCUUGUGCUUGCAGUGGAAGUCUCAAGUAUGCACAUCGAAAAUGUGUUCAACAUUGGUGCAAUGAGAAGGGUGACAUUACUUGCGAGAUUUGCCAUCAGCCAUACCAGCCUGAUUACACUGCCCCUCCUCGAGCUCGACCGGAGGAGACUAUUAUAGAUAUUGGGGGAGGAUGGCAAAUCGCUGGCACACCUCUGGAUUUACACGAUCCUCGCCUUUUGGCAAUUAGAGAGGCUGAACGCCAACUUUUGGAAGCUGAAUAUGAUGAUUAUAAUGCUACAAAUGCAAGUGGUGUCGCAUUCUGCCGUUCUGCUGCUUUAAUUUUAAUGGCUUUUCUGCUCUUGCGCCAUGCAUUGCCUGUAGCAGACGCAGACGGAGGAGACGACGAAGAUCCAUCUGCUUUCUUCUCGCUUUUCUUGCUUCGGUUAAUUGGCUUUCUUUUACCUUGCUAUAUCAUGGUCUGGGCAAUCAGCAUUUUGCAGCAGCGCAGGCAAAGAGAGGAGGCAGCUGCAUUAGCAACAGCACAAUUUGCAUUUGUGGUACAAUCUGGGCAGCCAACAGGUGUACAGUUUGCCAUGGCAUCAGCUACACCAUCUGUCCCUGCAUCGACGACGGACUCAUCGUCUGUGCCUGCACCGAUGGAUCGGGUUUAAAAUUGUGACAUAUGCAUAUACCACUUCCUAUUGUGAAAGGUUCCAGCAACGGGCCUCGUUGUUUUAACCCUAGAUGCUGCGUCGUUUUGUAAGUAGUAUUGUGGAUAUAAUAGCAGCAUCUGAUGUCUUUUUCAAGAACCACCAAUUUUACCAAGUUGUAUAUUAAUUUCUUAUGAUCUUGGCAUGUAUCUAUGACAUUUAGUAACCAUUUUCACAUCUGGGUAAGACCAGUUUUGUAACAUAUGUCUUGUAGAAAGACCUGGCUUUUCAUUUUGGCUCAAUUUUUCAAAUUAGUACUGCUGAAUAUAUAUAAAAAGGUUAUGUAGAAGGAUUAGACCAA